AUGAGGCAAUCCUUAGCCACUGAAAGUGAAGUCGAAGUUGGAGGAUCUACUUACAUUCCAAGUCAAAAAGACCUUGAUAACCAUGCAUUUUUAGUCCAACCUGAAUCAUCUAAGAAGAUUGAUGACCAAAAUGACAGAUUUUGUCCAAAUAAUUUGAAGAGACAACUGAGAAAUACAAUAGGAGAUCAUGGUCAAGGAUCUACGGAAGAACAACCAGCCUCUAAGAAGCCAAAGACUACUUCAAAGUGUCCUGCUAUAUCACUUGAAAAAUAUAUUAAUAACCAUAGGGAUCAACUUGAAGAAGAGGAAUUAGAAGAUGAAGAGAGUGAAGAAAAUGACAUAGAACAAGAAGUUGAAGGGGAUAUCAACUUUGAAAAUGAAGAAGAUGAGGAUACUAAUGACAAUACAACCGAAGUUCAUGAACGAUCAAUAAAUGAUAGACAAGAAAUCAUCUUGAAUAAAGAAGGAGAACCCGUUGGACCAGACCAGAAGACAGUUUCUCAACUUAGUAGUUUCUUGGGAACAAUAGCAAGAAGUGCAGAUUUUUGUCCUCUUACUUACACAAAUUGGAAAGCUAUACCAAACAAACAACACAUAUGGAAUUAUAUCAAUCAAAAAUACAUCAUUCCAGAAAAAGGGGAGAAGGCUGUGUAUGGUAUUAUAAAUGAUGCUUGGAGGCGAUAUAAAUGUUGGAUUAAGAAAAUUCAUUUCACCGAGUAUACAACCAUGCGCGAGCGGCUGAAAAAUCGUCCUCAAGACAUACCAGAAGCACACUUUAGAGUGUUGAUGGAUUAUUGGAGACUUGAAACCAUUCAAGAAAUAAGUGAUCAAAAUGCUAAAAAUAUUGCUCAGCAAAAAUGGAGACACCGUGCAGGGCCUAUAAGUUUUGCUUGUAUAAAGGAGAGAUUGAGUGCAAGCAAUGAGGAUAAAGAGUCUCCAACUCAAGCUGAAAUGUUCAUUGAAACUCGACAGAGAAAGAAAGGAAAACAACUAGAUCAAGAAACAAAUAAUGCAAUUACAAAACUUCGAGACUUGAUUGAAAAUUCUAGUGUACCUUCUACUGAGGCUUUUAAGACUAUAUUUGGCAAAGAGAAGCCAGGAAGAGUGCGAUGUUAUGGAAGAACUACAACACCUACACUCUUAAAAAGAAAUGAAGAAAUAGCAGAAAUUGAGAAAAGGCAUGCUAAUGAAGUCAAACAUUUAACUGAUAAGGUGCAUGAGAUAGAAGGGAAACAUGAAGAGAUGGAGGUGAAACAUAGUAAAGAGAUGGUGGUAAUGGAGCAAAAAUUUCAUCUUCUUCUAAGGACCAUGUUAAAUCAAAAUGACUCAAGAGUAGACAUGGAGUCUUUGGCAGCUUUGUUAUCUCCAUGUGAUGCUAAUAGUGGUCUACGUUCAUCCACAUCUACUCAUGCUCCAAAUAAUCCCAAGGAUCCUAAUAUGGAUGGUGAUCAUGUGGAAGAAGAUCAAAUGUUGGACAUAGAAGCGGAAGAAGAUGAUGCUAUAUAG